ACUUCCCGUGGUUUGCCAUUUUCACCGGCAUGCACCAUUAUACCACAAACCUCCCAUCACCGCCAUUUCCCACCCCUACCAAUUUACCAUACUUUCUCUCUGACUGCCUAAUUAUCUAUGGCAUUGCCUUUCCUCUUCCUUCUCUUCCUUUUUCCUUCUCUGAUCAGCCUCCUUCCCUUCGCAGAAUCGCAGCUCACCGUCAAUUACUACGAUAAGUCAUGCCCCAAGUUCCCACAGAUCAUCCAACAAGUCAUCAACGACAAGCAGCUCAGCGCCCCUAGCACCGCCGGCGCCACUGUCCGCCUUUUCUUUCACGACUGCAUGGUCGAAGGCUGCGACGCCUCUCUCCUCAUCUCCUCCAACACCUUCAACAAGGCCGAGCGCGAUGCGGACGUCAACCUCUCCCUCGCCGGCGACGGUUUCGACCUCAUCACCCGAGCCAAGACCGCCCUCGAGCUCGAAUGCCCUGGCAUAGUCUCCUGCGCCGACAUUCUCGCCACCGCCACGCGUGACCUGAUCGUCAUGGUUGGCGGGCCCGACUACCCCGUCCUCCUCGGCCGAAAAGACGGCUUUGUAUCGAAAGCCGAGCACGUCGAACGCAACAUCGCCAAACCCACGAUGCCAUUGUCUCAGAUUCUCUCCACUUACGCUUCCAAGAAAUUUUCUGUCCAAGAAACGGUGGCAUUAUCCGGAGCACACACCAUUGGGUUCAGUCACUGUAAUCAAUUCAGCCACAGAAUCUUCAACUUCAGCAAGACCUCGGAGUACGACCCCGCAUACAACCCCAAGUUCGCGGAGGGAUUGAGGAGUCUUUGCGCGAACUACACCAUAGACCCAACCAUGGCAGCCUUUAACGACGUGAUGACGCCGAACAAGUUCGAUAACAUGUACUACGUAAAUCUGCAGAGAGGGUUGGCGUUGCUGGACGUCGACCAGACGCUUGCGGUGGACAAAAGUACGAAGCCGUUUGUGGACAUGUACGCGGCAAAUCAGACCAAGUUCUUUCAAGAUUUCGCCCAGGCAAUGGGAAAAAUGAGUUUCCUUGAUGUGAAGACGGGAAGUCUUGGAGAGGUGCGGCAUAAAUGCGAUGCUUUCAACUCUCUUAAAGCUUGAAAUCCUCUUUUUUUGUUUCGUUUUUGUUUUUGGUUUUAAAUUAAUGGUGAUAGAAGCUUAUAUAAUUAGGAAUAGGAUCCUCUCCAUUUUAAAGUGGGUAAAACAAUGAGUAUUUUGGUCACUGCACAUCAUGUUGACAAGUGAAAUGACCAAAAUACCCCAUAUUUACACCAAAUGGAUAUGAUCCAUUUCCCUUAAAAUGAAGAAGAUCCUUAGCUAAAUAAUUAGGAGCGUAUUAGAGGUGUUAAUCUUAUUAACAAAAGAUGCAACGUUAUGUUUUAGUGAAACUAAGGCAUGCAAUGACCAUCAUAAGGUUGUUGGCUUGGGCUUUUGUUUUGAUUUUGGGUAAUGCAUAGAUAUUUAGAUAAGGCAGCUUUGUUUAGAGCUCCAAACUUCUGGAUUUUUUGUACGCAUUAUGCCACAGAGCACAGAUAUGAAUAGAUGAUUACUUAUACUA